AUUGCCCUCUGGUCCCUUCUGCCUUUAAAUCCACACCUCCCUCUUCUAACACCUAAUAUCUCCAAACAACAACAACAACAACAAAAACUCAUCUCUUUCUCUCUCGUUCUCCACCAAAAAAAAAAGAAAAAAAAAAAAACCAUGGCUCCAAGCUUGCCGGACUUCUCUAACUCGGUCAAGCUCAAGUACGUGAAAUUGGGGUACCAGUACUUGGUGAACCACAUUAUCACCCUUACCUUAAUACCAAUCAUGGCGGGAGUUCUGAUAGAGGUUCUUCGUUUAGGUCCUGAUGAGAUUGUAAAACUUUGGAAGUCUCUUCACUUCGACCUAGUCCAGAUCCUCUGCUCGGCUUUCCUUAUCAUCUUCGUUGCUACUGUGUACUUUAUGUCAAAGCCCAGAACUGUUUUCUUGGUUGACUACGCUUGUUACAAGCCUCCUGUCACUUGUCGAGUUCCCUUCUCGACUUUCAUGGAACAUUCUAGACUCAUCUUGAAGAACAAUCCCAAGAGUGUCGAGUUCCAGAUGAGGAUUCUCGAGCGCUCGGGUCUUGGGGAAGAGACUUGUCUUCCUCCGGCGAUUCAUUAUAUUCCUCCUACUCCUACCAUGGAGGCCGCCCGAGGUGAAGCCGAGCUCGUUAUCUUCUCUGCCAUGGAUUCUUUGCUGGAGAAAACUGGGCUUACACCUAAAGAUAUCGACAUUCUCAUCGUGAAUUGCAGUCUCUUCUCGCCUACUCCCUCUUUGUCAGCCAUGGUUAUAAACAAGUACAAGCUCAGAAGCAAUAUCAAGAGCUUUAAUCUCUCCGGUAUGGGAUGCAGCGCCGGAGUAAUCUCCAUCGACUUAGCUCGAGACCUCCUCCAGGUUCAUCCAAACUCAAACGCCGUCGUUAUAAGCACCGAAAUCAUUACCCCAAAUUACUACCAGGGCAACGAGAGAGCCAUGCUUCUCCCCAAUUGCCUCUUCCGCAUGGGCGGCGCCGCCAUACUCCUCUCGAACCGAAGGUCGGAGAGGCGAAGAGCGAAGUACAGAUUGGUCCACGUAGUCAGGACACACAAGGGGGCAGACGACAAGGCGUACAGGUGCGUUUACGAGGAGGAAGACAAGGAGGGCAAGGUGGGAAUUUCGCUGUCGAAGGAUCUCAUGGCUAUUGCCGGAGAUGCGUUGAAGUCAAACAUCACCACCAUAGGUCCGCUGGUGCUGCCCGCAUCGGAACAGCUACUGUUUCUGAUGACUCUGAUGGGUCGGAAGAUCUUCAACCUUAAAUGGAAGCCGUACAUUCCUGAUUUCAAACAAGCCUUCGAGCACUUCUGUAUCCACGCCGGAGGGAGGGCUGUGAUCGAUGAGCUUCAGAAGAAUCUUCAGCUGUCAGCGGAGCACUGUGAGGCUUCGAGGAUGACGUUGCACCGGUUCGGCAAUACGUCGUCGUCUUCGCUCUGGUACGAGAUGGCUUAUAUGGAAGCCAAAGGAAGAAUGAAGAGAGGUGAUAGGAUUUGGCAGAUUGCAUUUGGGAGUGGCUUUAAGUGUAACAGCGCCGUUUGGAAGUGCAAUAGAACCAUCAAAACGUCGUCGGAUGGUCCUUGGACCGAUUGCAUUGACCGUUACCCUGUUCAUAUUCCUGAAGUCGUCAAACUCUAAUUUUUUUUAUAUAUAAAAUUAUAUAUAAGAAAAAAAAAUUAUAUAUAAUUUUCAUUUUAAAAAAAUAUAUAAAUAUUCUGGAAUGUUAAGGUUUUUUUUUUUUAUUUGGAAAAAAUCAGUUCUCUGGGCUUUUUGUUCUCUUCUUUGUCUCAUUUCUUAUAUGAUGUCACACUGUAAUGUAUCUCUUUUCUUUUCUUUUAACUUUUUUUUCUUCAAAAAACUUUGUUGUUAUGAUCGAUGAAGUGGAUACAUAUACCAAAGGAAAAAUGGCUACUAUCAUCAUGUACUUUUACAUAUGUAUAAUCUUCUAUGUAGGAAAAACACUCUUCAACUUGUUAUAUAAUUAAAUAUAUUGUCGUGUCUUUUGCAA